AUGGCCGCCGACGACGCGAAAACCCCCUCUACUAAAGUCCCAAUGCUCAAGAAACAAGUGAGUAUGGGCAAUAUCUCUGAAGAGAUCGAGGACGAACUCAGUACAUUGCCAAAUAUGGAGUUAAGUCACUUGCAUUUCCUGCUCCAACACCAGCACGCGACUAAUUCACCCGAAGACGUAGCAACGAAGCAACAAGUAUUGGAUAUUAUCCAACAAAACAACAUGACGCCUUUCUAUCGUCUUGUGUGUCAUGAAUUUCAAUGGCCAGUGGAUACAACACUUGAGGCUCAAAUGAAUGACAAGAAUGCACACGAAUUAGUUGAUUUGGACGAACGAUUGGCGGAUGCAGAGCAGAAUCUCGGUGAUAUUGAAGUUCUGGAGGCACUUUUGACGAAAGCACGGAUGUAUUCAAGAAUCGGUGAUAAAGAGAAAGCACUGGAGGCUUUUGCAAUUGCAGGAGAGAAACCUCAGUCGAUUAACCAGAAGAUUCUCGUUGCUCUGCACAUUAUCCGUAUUGGUCUCUUUUUCUCUGAUCUGGAACUGGUUGAGCAGUAUAUCAAGAAAGCUGCAGUGUUAAUUGAUGAAGGUGGUGAUUGGGACCGACGCAACCGUCUAAAAGUAUACGAAGGCUGCUAUUUACUAAUGGCUCGAGACUUUACGAAGGCAUCCAAGCUGUUUCAAGAGUCAGUGGCGACGUUCACUGCAACGGAAUUGAUGCCGUACAAUACAAUGGUGUUUUAUUGUGUCAUUACGUGCGUGCUCAGUAUGAGUCGUGUGGAUUUGAAGAAAAAGAUCGUGGACUCACCGGAGAUUCUCGCGGUUAUCAAGGAGAUCCCGUUCCUUACGGACUUUCUGAAUGGAGUGUACGACUGUGAUUACAAGAAAUUCUUUGCUGCUAUGGUGGAUAUCCAGCCAUUUAUUCUACGUGACAAGUACCUCUCGACACACUCACGUUUCUUAUACCGUGAACUUCGUGUGCUUGUCUAUGCACAAUUCUUGGAAGCCUAUCGCAGUGUGACGAUUGCAUCAAUGGCUGCUGCAUUUGGUGUGAGCAUUGAUUUCUUGGACACGGAACUGGCACGGUUUAUUGCUGCGGGUCGAUUGAAUGCCAAGAUUGACAAAGUUGCUGGUGUGAUUGAAACCAACCGUCUAGAUGCCAAGAAUGCGCAGUAUCAGGAUGCUAUCAAGAAGGGCGACUUGCUACUGAACCGUAUUCAGAAACUUACGCGAGUUAUCAAUGUCUAG